CCACGGCCGCGUCAGUGAUCCGACGACGAUCGGAGCCGGCGUAUAGCGUAAACCGCGGAGAACACUUUCGGCGUUUUACGAUAUCAAAAUAAUACUAUCGUUUUCUAGCCGGUCGCGUAAUCGGUUCUGCCUAGCAAACUCAGUCCGUACCGGUCGCACGCGACUGUUAUCAUAACACAUAACUUUGCUCGUAAAAUAAUUUCGUUAACACGCGACCGUUUGCUGACAGUCGACGAACGAGUAGAAUCGCCGGCGCGAUGAACAGCUAGCGAUAAGCACUCUUUUUCGCGUCCAAGGUAGCGUACGCAGACCUUGCUGACAGGGAAGAGAGGCGGCGGCGGCAGAAUUUUGGGUCACACAGUCCUUGUCAAUUAUUAUUAAACUAUGGUGCAGUGGCAGCAAAAGUGCGUGGAAGUGAUCGAAAGCUACCGCUCGAACGUGAUCCGUUGUAUUCGGUUCGGAUCUAUAUCGUCGCCGUAGUAGUAGUAGUAGUACAAUGAUAGCCCGAGCGUACGUGACCGUAUGGAUCGUGGCGUGGGCGUCCUGUCCGGCGGCCACCAUCGUCGGUGCCAAGGUGACGAAAUGCUGUCCAAGGGACAUGAUAUUGGCGAUCGACACGUUCUCGUGCACGGGCUUCGUGGCGGACGACAAGGGCCAGCACGAGUCGUACGCUUGGUCGUCGGACGACGACUCGGCUGCGGCCACCGCACCGGCAGACUUUGCGUUCUCCGUCUCCAACAGCAACUCGAUUCCCUGGUGGAUACCGCCAUACAUGGAGUUCCUGCAGUCUUCGAACCUGUCCGAGAAGUUCGAUCCGGACGGCCGGAUGUUUGACAUGGAUGGCCGCAUGCCGUGCGACAUGGGCGCCCGGGAGAUGACCGUCAUCGACGACGACGUGGCGGUGCUGGACGACGGGCAGCUGGUCAUGUUCGGACAGGAAACCCGGUCGUCCGGCGUUUACGGGCGGCUGACGUUCUCCAGCGCCGAGUACUGCAUCGACCGCGUGUCGCUGGUGGACGGCGUCACGGUUAACGGCAACGGGCGUGCGCACAACAAGGCGGCCGCUACCAGCACGACGACGUCCACGACGACCACGACCAGCACGACCCCGGCCGCCGUCAAUAACGAGACGCUGGCCACGUACACGUACGUGGCGCUGGUGUGCCGGCCGUGCUCGAGGAUGACGUGCGUGCCGAAGUGCUGCGGCAAGGGACUCAUGCUCGCGUACCAGCACAACAAGAGCGGCGUCAUCGGGUGCGGCAAAGUGCAGUCCGUGGUCAACGCCACCGCGGCCAUACACAUGAAACUCGCCAACGGCACAGAACUGCGGCGUAAGGACCUCUAUUUCUACGGCCUGAAGCCGCCGAACUGCGGUCCCCGCGGCUGGUACCUGCUCGGCGGAGACGUGAAAAAUGCCGGCGUCGCGACCACGAAAAAGCUGCAGGCGACUUACGGGCUGCUGCCGGACGGCCGCGUGCUGGUGGACGGCGGCCUGUUGCCCAUCGAGCGCGACGACUACUGUGUGGACGCGAUGCAGGCCGAGACGAAUACGACGUACACGGGCGUGAUGCUCGCCUGCCGACUGGCCGCCGGCGUGGCGGACGCCGCCGGCCCGCUGAAGUUCCGGCAGAUACUGUACGGCGCCUACUUCGUGGUCGGCACGAUUUUCCUGGCCGCCACGCUGCUCAUAUACGCCGUGCUGCCCGAGCUCCGCGUCACCGUCCACUCGGGCAACCUGAUCGCGCACACCGUCUGCCUGUUCGUGUCGUACGCCACGCUGGCGGCCACCACGCUCGUCCGCCAAUUGUUCAACAAUUGCGCCUGCGUCAUUGCCGGUUUCGUCAUACAAUUUUCAUUUCUUGCGGCAUUUUUCUGGCUCAACGUUAUGUGUGCGGACAUUGCGUGGACAUUUAGCGGAUUCAGACUACUUUUGUCGUCGAAUAAAAUUGAAAACGAGAAGAAAAAAUAUGUCAUUUAUUCAGCUUAUGCGUGGGGCUGUAGCAUCGGAAUCACAAUACUAACAGCUAUGGCCGAAUUCACCAAAUUAUUCGGUGAUAGUAGUUAUAAACCAAAUUUUGGCAAUUAUGAUUGUUGGUUUUCUAAUAAAUUAUCAGUUGGUGUAUUCUUUUAUUUACCUAUUGGGUUACUUCUAUCAACCAAUUUCAUACUGUUCUUAUUCACUGCUUUUAGAAUUGUAUUCAUCCGAAGGGGUACGUCAAAAGUAUUGAAUCGUCAAAAUAAUCACAAUGAUAUGAGGUUGUCGCUGUACUUAAAGCUGUUCUGCCUGAUGGGCGUGACUUUCGUUUUCGAAGUGAUCUCGUGGGCGGUGGAGGCGCCCGCUUACUACUGGUACGCGACGGACGCGAUCAACUCGCUCCGCGGCGUGUUCGUGUUCUUCAUAUUCUGCUGGAAGCGGUCGGUGCUCAACCUGCUGCUGGCCCGGGCGCCCGAGCCGGCCCGCGAACGGUUUGUCCGGGCGUUCGGCGUCCGCGAACCGCACAGGUACCCGAGUUUCUCGUCGUCGUGCCAGCCCAACACCUUCGGUACCGCCGCCAACGCCAGCACACGGACCCACAGCGGCGGUGCGACGUCCGCGCACACGGCGGUCAGCGGGGGAUUGCAGUUGUCGCAGUUCGGCAGUUCGGCGUCCGUCGCGGCGACGGCGGCCAGGAGGAAUUCGUCCGGACGACCGUGACGGCACGACCGCCAACUAUAACUUUUAUAGAUAAUAUUAUUAUUAUUAUUAUUAUUAUAGAGAUGACUCGUCGUCACGACACAAUUUUCGGGCCGUGUGGGUGGGGGGGGGGGGGGUGUACGGGACGUUUAUUUACAGCGCAUAGUUGAUGUAUACACACGGAUGGAACGUACAUCGUAUUCGUGGACGGGGUCGAAGAGCGUAUAAUAUUAUAUAAAUGUAUUAUAUACCUACUAGUUGCCACCGUGCACAAAACGGUUGCGUACGAUCGAAGUUGUCGUAUCAUCACCACUGCAGAUAUAACAAUAUUCGCACUGCGAUAAUAUUAAAUUAAUAUUACAGAGCUAUAACUUAAAAACACAAUAUCAUGACAAAUUAUAGUUAAAUUAUAUUAUAUAAUAUUACAACGAUAAUGAAAAAAGAAAUAAUAAUAAUAAAAUCAAUCGAAUUCGACAUAUUUAGCAGACAGCGGGUUGAUUAAAUGUUUUAUUCGUCAUAAACCACAUUAUACAACCAUAAUGGUAACUAGUAGACUUCAUAUUCGAUCAAAAUACCUAAUAUCAGUGGCGACUCGUGGAGUUUGCGUAAGAGGGUACACAAACACAUUUCAGAUAUGCAAUUUGUCUAUAAAAUUGUUUUAUACACUUAUCAAAAAUAAUAUACUAAAUAAUACACAACAAAUUAGUGAACCGCAAAAUUAUCAAAUCGUUAACAGGUACACCAUUUUUUGUCAUUACCAAUACAGCAACAACAACCUUUUUUUUAAAUUGUUUUCAAAAUGCCAACUAUGUUGUGCAUAGUAACUAGUUAUAGUUUUACUACAAAUAUAAAUAUAUAUAUUAUACUUUUUUGGGGUGUUUACGCACUCCAGCGCACUAUGUAACACGAGCCGCUACUGCGUGUAUAUUAAUUAAAGGAUUGUCUUAUACUCUUAUUAAUGUAUAAUAUGCUAUCUGUGGUACAAUGGUAGAGUUAGGUUGCAUGAGCUAAGAUAUAUUAUGUGGAUAGCAUUAGUCGUGUGCUCGUGUAGCUAAAAAGUGAAAUCCACUAGUAAAAUUUCGCAUGUAAAUACUUUUAGAUUUAGAGAAACGUUAUUAAUUCUCAUCACGAGCCCUCUAUUAUCUUAGUUUAUGGCCACUGAUCAGAGGGUGAUGGGACUUUGCACCUCUACAGGUAGUCAAAAAUAAUGUUUGUAAUUUGUACCAUUACAGGUAGUCGAAAACUAUGUUUGCAAUUUAAAAUGAGUAUUUAUGUAUUUGACAAUUUCGUUGGUAUUCACAUUGACGUCGAGAUUCGAUGAAAAAGUUAGUGAAAUAGUCACUCAAAAUUUAAAAUAAUAUAUCUUGUGUUCUUAGCCUUUCUUAUUUCAUAUCUUAUAUUCUAAUACUAAACCAUGUGAGUAUUAUAAACGUAUAAAAUAUUUGAUUUUGGUGUAAGUUGCAAUUCAUCAUAGUUUCAAUAUCUGAGACGAUGAAAAUUAUAAACGAAUGUUGAUACAAAGUACCUACGUAAUAUAUUAUGUUCUAUAUAGUUCGGAUUAAUUUUAGUGAAAAUCGAUUACAGUCCUAACCUACCGGUAUAGGUCAGAUAGGAGGGCGGUACGUUAGACGCGAUCGACGUUAACGUGUAUAAGGGUCGAAGAAACAGGUCUACAACCGACAGCCCUCCACCACCACUCAUUCCAUAAGAAAUUUAUGGUAUACGGCUUGCAACGAUUAUUCCGCAGUAUAAUAAAACAUUUAAUAUAUAUCUAUAAUAAUCUGACCCCAGAAGCCAAUUAUAUUCUAUACGCAUACUCCAGUCACCAGACCCUGCAGGUCGUAUAUUAUAAAAAUAUAUUAUUAACUGAAAUAGCUAUCUUAUGGUACUUAUUUUUUUCUGUAAAAUGCGAUAGAAAUCAUUUUUUUCUCUCUUCAGCCCCGAUUCACGUGCGUAUUUAACCGCCUCUCGGGUGGGUCCGUCCGCUCCGUACUUCAUACCCACUGCACCGGACCGUCAUCAACUGUCGCCUGUGUCAUUACACAAUGUCUCCGGUCGGUCGGGGCAUUAAAAUAAAAUGUUUAAUAUCUACUGCGUCUUAUUUAAUACGAUCCAUGUAUAAUGCGCUUUUCAAAAAUUUCCUUGAAUUGUCGAUUUAUUGUUAUUUUUGUUCAAGUAGGUUUCUAAAUAUUCUACACGAUACGGUCGUCUGCAGGGGGUUAUCCGUCCGACCCAACCAAUUUUGAAGAUCGGCACGUAGUUCAUGAACCGGUACGACCCAUGUCGACGAUUUGUAUGACUUGUGUGCGUAUGGUGCUAUUCUUAUAGUUUUUUCAUAUAUUGAUUUAUUAUUAUUCUGUAUAAAAGGACUUUCUUUUUUUCUUGAAAAUCUUUAAAACACGAUUUCUGAACACCAUUAAAAUGACCACCCCUACGAGAUCGUAAAUAUUUUACACUUGACAACGGUAAGACGUGUUCCAGACGUGAAUCGUUUGUAUUGUGUGUUAUUGUAACAACACUUGUUGAACAAUUCUCUUUUUCAUUUAUUGUGACCUAAAGGCACGUAUUAUAAACACCCUCAAUGUAUUUUAUAAAAUAGAUGUUUUGUUUGGCCACCCUCUACGGAGGACACAUGUUGCCCACACCAGCAUGAUGCAAUACGUAGCAACUAUUUCAUCAUCUUCUGAUUUUUUUUCCACGUUUUAUGAAUAUAAUUCUAAUUCUACCAUAUAUAUUUUAAGGCAUAAACUCGAUAUUCCAAUUAAAUAUAUAACUUACUUGCGUUAUGUUAAGGUGAUAUCUGAUACUUCUUUUAAAUGUGUCCUCUGCAGCAUGUCAGCGUCCAAAUGACUAAGACAUUAGGUUACAGAAAAAUCAAAAUAUAUCGGAAAUUUCAAUCAUUUUUGAGGUCCUGCUCCGCUUCACUAUAAUAAGUUAAAUCAUUCAUAACGAGAAAUCGACAUUGCAGAUGAAUCCAUUGACGUUUUUCAUGUCACUAGUUAUAUGGAAAUACAAAGUUUUUUAUCAGUAAAAAUCAAUUUUUUAUAAAGUUUUACGGACGUUGAAAUAAGGAAAUAUUAUCCUAUACAUUUCGAAAAUAUAUACCUACACUUGUUUACGUAAUAUAGGUACGUAAUUUAUCGAUAUUUAAAACUAUCCAAAAAUGUAUCGGAACAAUUAUUAUCAUAUGAAUAUUGAAUAUAAAGUAUAUUAUAGGAAGCCUCGAAUAACGAUAUUCCCACGUCAAGAAUGUCCAUUAUCUGUAUACACUAUACAUAUAUCUGAUGAUUCAUUAUCAACGUCAAUAGGUUAUGAUUAUUGUUGAAAAAAAUCAGUAAAAUAAAUAACUGAACCGUAGUAAUAUAAAAACUAAUGGGAUAUACGUGUAUAUGAUCUGACAACAGGAUAAUGAAAGAAUCUCAUUAUUUUUUUUCUCUUAUUAUCGCAUAUGAUUAUAAAUUUCAGAGACUUGUCAUGUAGUUCGACCCUCGUUUGGUGAAGUACUUCAUCAAAUACAAUUGUAAUUGUUAUUCUCGGAAUACCAGAUUAUCAGUCGCCUAUAGAAUUUACUUAUUGUGUGUAGCUACUGCAGCUAAACGAAUAUUGCAUUAUGUCUAUACCGAUAGUUAGUUUUACCGCUUAGUUCUGUCUCCCGUGUGACCAAUCGUCACCACGAAAAAAGUUUUAUUUUAUAUAUUUUAUAAUAAUACGAAUAAAAUAAAUAAUACGUUAUACCUUCAUAUGAAUACAUAACUACUUCUGUAAAUUAUUAUAAUUAAAAUUUAUUAUUAUUAUUAUUAUUAUGCUUGAACAAUCGAUAAUUUAUAAUACAUCGCAUAUAAAUCCUUUUUUUUGUAUAAAAUAUCUUAAUCAUUAAAAUCAUUAUAUUAUCGUGCUAUAUUGUAUCAUUAUAAUAUUAUACACAUUAAAUAUGUCUUAUAUCUUAAAUAUGUCUAUAGUCUAUAUAUCUUUUAGACGCUGUCUAGUCGUCCCACUUCAUCAUCAGCCAUCACGUUCACUUACCUAAACAUAUAUAAUGUUGAUCUCGGGUAAAUUGAUUUUUUUGACUUUCAAAAAAUAAUGAGACUAUAUAUAUAUAUAUUACUAUUAUUAUUAUUAUUAUUAUUAUUAUUAUUAUUACGUCGUUGUAUUUUUCUUAUUAUAUAAUGUAUAUAUUAUAUAGAAUCGCGGAUAAAACGAUUUUGCUAAACCGUAAAUUGAAAAUCGUUUUUCGCGCUGUAUCUAUGUUUUUUAAUUUUAUUUGUUUUAAAAAUAUAGUUGUACUUUAAGAAUGUAACAUCUAAGAUAUUUUAAUAAGAAUUGUUCACUUUAUUCACCGUCUCCUUUAAUAAUAUUAAUUUUAAUCAUAUGCGUAGUUUCCACGUUCACAUAAUCACAUUAUAUUAUAUAAUCUAGUCACCAUUUAUGACCAAGCCGAAUGUACAAAUUAAUAAUUAUUAUUGUUUUACGUGCUUUGAACAAAUUGUAAACUGAAUUUUAAACGUACCUAUCUAUAGUUUAAUUUAAUCCUAAACUUAACUUGAUUUAUAUCAUACACAUUACACCGUAAUACGGUUAUGUGUUACACCUUAUUCGCCGAAGAGAUAUAGUGAAUCAAUUUUUGUUUAUCUCUUUUGGUUGAAUCAGGCAAUUUAUAAAAUAUAAUCAAGUAGAUAUACUUUUAUUAUAUGCUUUGAAUAUAUACUAUACAAUACAUAAAAUAUUAAUUGUAUUAAUAAAUAUAUUAAAAAUUAAUAAUAUUAUUAUAUAUACAUAUUGUUGUAUGCUGCUGUUAAUUAUACAUAUUAUUUAAUUUAUAAAGUUUGUUACGCCACUCCAAAUAUAUAAUGAUACAUUAUGAUGUAAUAA